AUGGACAUCAGAGUCGCCUUUGGGGGUGGCAUGGAGCUGCUCUUCGGCAGCCAACGAAGCCGUACCGUCAGAUUGCCAACCCAUUACGAUGCAGCAAGCCUAGCUCAAGGAGACCUAGGAGCGGCGCUUUCUUCCUCAACAGCAUCGCGAGCGACAGACAUCCGAUUGCUCAUUGCAUAUCUGCUCGAGCGCGAGCUACAAGACAAGCAGAGACCCGAUCUAUUCGUUCAAGGUCAGACUGUUCGACCGGGUAUUCUGGUGCUCGUGAACGAUUGCGAUUGGGAACUCGAAGGCGAGCUGGACUACAACAUCAAGCCGAACGACGAGAUCGUCUUCAUCUCGACUUUACACGGCGGCUGA